AUGGCUCGAACCAAACAGUCAGCGCACAAAAAUGUCUCUCCCUGUACACCACCCUCUUCAUCUUCUUCAUACCAAUUCAUAGAGCGUUCACCCUCUCCACCACCUCGCCCAACACCACCACACACCUCUUCUGCAUCUCCUUCUUCUAACACCAGUCAAGAAGUCCUCAAUCUUAUCUCUCUGUCUACUAUUCUUCCACCAUUGUACACUCUCCCUACACCAAACUUCGCUCAAGUGCCUCCUCAUCUACACUCUGAGAGUAAUGAUUCUUCUGAUUCAUGCCCUCCAGUAGCAAAAACACCAACACAACCUGAACCACCAAUAAAACGGCGCCCACAGCAACAACACCACCACCACAACAACCAUCAACAACCACUAAACCUUCGACACCCUCAAAAUCUGCCUUCUCCUCUGAACCGUCGCAAUCAACUCCUCCACAUCAAAAACGGAGAUCGAUCAAUGACAUCGUUUCCCCUCCUACCAACCAAAAAGAAUCCCUCUCUCAACCCAAACCACAAACUAAAAUCAUGA